GUCGUCAUUGAGACAGUUUGCAUUACAUAUUGUGAUGUUUGAUUCAAAUGGAUCAAUUAUUAUUCAUGUAACAAAAUAUUUGAAGAAAUUGGUUCAUCGCGAAACAUUUAAUCGCUGUGAUCUUGCAAUGGACGAGAGACGAUAUUAUGAGGAGUAUCAAAAAUAAUAAGGAAAUGGUAACUGCUCUUUUAGCUGACUACAAAGUGCAAGAAUCUGGAGCUACUGCGGGUGAAAUACAUAAUCGGGUUUUUAGCAAAUAUAAAGAUGUUCAGCAAAGCAAAUACGUAAAUCCAUUCGAAAGUAAUCAACCUAAACGAUAUGGCCACCAUUUCAACAACGUUGAGGAAAGCUUCACGUGUCUAUCACAGGUUAAGUACGCUAGACCGCAAUUAGCUAGAUCAGCAUCUGGAAUCCGGAAGUAUAUAAUUAAUACUGGAGAGCAUACCCAGACUCUUCGCCUUGAAAAAUGCACAAAUCCUCAAUCAAGGUGUUCCUUCAUAUCCGAAAACUAUCGCUCCUCGUGUGUUCAAGUCUACAGUUAUCACCGUUUGUUAACAUGGAAUAUAAAACUAGGUUUGCAUAUGGACGUAUUUAAAGUACCGACUUGCUGCAGUUGUCAUGUUCAUGGUUAUGCAGAAAUAUAUCCUCCAUAUCAAAAGGAUCCAUAUUCGAAUUCUAAUGAAACUUUUCCAGGAGUAGAGUUCAUCAUCCCAGAUAAAAAACACGAUAUUGAUGAGGUCAUGAAACCCAGUAAUUAUGUGAAUAAGUAUAGCCCUUCUUCACAUUUCAUCACAUCCUUGGGAACUCAUACAGAACAAUUGCCAUCUUCUUUCGAAUCUGAGAACCGUUUUUCACACACUAAAUCAAAUAUAUCAGUAAUAGAUAUGUCGCAAAAUCGUUCUACUAACAUUGUUUCGAGGCUAGGAUUGAAUAAAUCAGCCUCUAUUUCUAGACCUUACGAUAAAGUGCCUCUUCAUCAUGCACCAAAUACAAGAGCGCCUGGCUAUACUGGAACUUUUACUAAAAGUACGCAUCCCAAUAGACCGAAAAGGCCUUUCAGUAGAGAUUCUACCUUUGAUAUGGAAGAUGUAGAUACUGAAAACGACACAACUUUUGUUAAGAGACAUAACCGACCAGCCAGCCGAGAGGCAAGCCUUGCGGCCAAAAAUCAAAGUGAACGUGAUGAAGAGCUUCACAAGACUCAGAGACGAAUAAAUUACAAUUACCAUCCGAUUAUUGAUUUUUUUAAACCACAAGCCUCGAUGCUUCAUGGCGAAGUUUGAACUGAGAAGCUGCAGUCCAGUUUUCCGAGAGCGAACUUGGAUUUAUGGAAACCUGUCAUUACGUCGUAGAUAUAAUUUCUUUAAACACAAUGUACCUAAAAUUCAAGUUAUAAGUUUAAUAUAUUUAAGUCUGAAAUAUGA